CCAUUCAGAAAAAUAAUCGCCCUUACAACCAUUUACAACACCUGUGAUCCGGAAAGGCUGGUUUUGGAAAAAAUUGUCACUGAGGCCGUAUAAUUUAUAUCCGAAGGUUUAUUGCCACAUCGUAAUUGGAAUUUAUCAGCGGAUUGACGCGAAGUGAAGAACAAAAUAAUAUCGAUUCGUACCAUUGGAUAGUGUAUCAGGAUGGCAACGUCAAAGCAAAAUGCAAGGAAGCUCAAGUGGUCUUUAGACUUUGCUCACAAAAACAAACAGGAGAGAAUUUUAGAUGUGGCAACACCUCCAGGGUACAAUCCGUCAGUGGCUCUCGCGCACAGCACAGAGUCUCUUAGAGAGUCUGACUCUAAUCAUUUGAUAAUCAAAAAAUCAUGGGAUCUGGCAUUAGGGCCUCUGAAGCAAGUUCCGAUGAAUCUCUUCAUAAUGUAUAUGGCUGGAAACUCUAUUUCGAUAUUCCCCAUAAUGAUGGUCGGUAUGCUCAUCAUAAGACCGAUUAAAGCACUCUUCACACUCCAGCAAACUUUCAAGGUGAUAGAAGGAACACACGCCUUCGGACAAAAAUUUGUUUUUUUCCUUGGACAGCUAGUAAACGUUGCUCUUGCGCUUUACAAGUGCCAGUCCAUGGGACUUCUACCAACACAUGCCUCGGAUUGGCUAGCGUUCGUUGAGCCACAAACCAGAGUUGAAUAUUGCGGAGGAGGACUUAUAUAUGCAUAAUUAUUUGAUGUGUCUAAUUGUUAUUACAAGCCUAAGAUUUUGUGAAAAAAAAAUCAUUACAUUAUUAUUCAACCAAA